UGAGUGAUGACAGCUCCUGGGAAACCCCUCCUUCCCUUUCCAGGGUGCUGUGGAGCCAUGUGCUCUAUGUCCCUUUCCCUUGGGCCCCUGCUUUCCAGAUACUGCAGAGCCCAUGCCCAAGCCCCCUGAGUGCCAGCUUUGCAUGGGGACCCCCUGAGCCACCGGUAAGCCCUAGCCCAGCUCUACUCCCACAGGUCUCUUCCUACCCAGACCAAGGGGCUUCCUCUGGAUUUGUGGUGGUUGGUGUUGCCCCACUGGCCAGGUGGCCCUCUGCCUGGCUCUACACCCAGCUCCCACCCCGCAGUCCACCAGGUCAGAGUCCCAUGUACUAUCCCUGUCUCAGUUUUAGUCCUAGUCCCUCUAGAGCUUGUACAUCCAGGGACACCCACCCUCAGCACCCCUCAUCAUCUGCUCCAUCAGAACUUCCUCCAACGUCCCAGAGGCUCCUGCCCUCAGGGACCCCAGAUGAACCUGUCUUCCCUGGCUCUCAUCCCUGUCCGCAUGGCAGAGCUGGUCUUGCCCAAUCACUGAUACCCUCCACCCUCCUGCCACUUCCACAUCUCCCACCAGUUCCUCCUUGUGGGUCAGAGUCACAAACAACUGGCUCUUCCUCACUUCCUCCUCCCUGGGGAUCAGACCUAGUGUCCUGCCCUCCCUGGCCAAUGACAGCCCACCAGCAGAGCUCAGCCCACUACUCAGAACCAGAACCCAGCAGUGGUGAAGAAGCCAGCGCUGUGUCUCCCUCGCAUCGGCCCCGUUUGACCUCUGAAGAUCUCUCCGGGUGGAGACAGUCUCCCCGUCCCGGUGAAGCCACAGGGGGCUGCGAUGGGACGGGAGCCAUGAAUGGUGCCGCCCCCGGCCCCGCCGCCGCCGCCGCCGCCGCCGCCCCGGUCCCCGACUGGCGGCAGUUCUGCGAGUUGCACGCGCAGGCGGCCGCCGUGGACUUCGCGCACAAGUUCUGCCGCUUCCUGCGGGACAACCCGGCCUACGACACGCCCGACGCCGGCGCCUCCUUCUCCCGCCACUUCGCCGCCAACUUCCUGGACGUGUUCGGCGAGGAGGUGCGCCGCGUGCUGGUGGCCGCCCCCGCCGCCGCCCCCGCCCCCGCCCCCGCCCGCAUGGAGCCCGCCGCGCUCAAGGCCGCCGCCUACGGCCACUCGCGGAGCUCGGAGGACGUGUCCACGCAGGCGGCGGCCAAGGCCCGCGUCCGCAAGGGCUUCUCGCUGCGCAACAUGAGCCUGUGCGUGGUGGACGGCGUGCGCGACAUGUGGCACCGGCGCGCCUCGCCCGAGCCCGACGCGGGCGCCGCCCCGAGGGCCGCCGAGCCCCCCGCCGAGCCUCGCGACAAGUGGACGCGGCGCCUGCGGCUGUCGCGGACGCUGGCGGCCAAGGUGGAGCUGGUGGACAUCCAGCGCGAGGGCGCGCUGCGCUUCAUGGUGGCCGACGACGCGGCGGCGGGCGCGGGCGGCGCGGCCCAGUGGCAGAAGUGCCGCUUGCUCCUCCGCAGGGCCGUGGCCGGCGAGCGCUUCCGACUCGAGUUCUUCGUGCCGCCCAAGGCCUCGAGACCCAAAGUCAGCAUCCCUCUCUCGGCCAUCAUUGAGGUCCGCACCACUAUGCCCCUGGAGAUGCCAGAGAAAGACAACACGUUUGUGCUUAAGGUCGAGAAUGGAGCUGAGUAUAUCCUGGAGACCAUCGACUCACUGCAGAAGCACUCGUGGGUGGCUGACAUCCAGGGCUGUGUGGACCCCGGGGACAGUGAGGAAGACGCUGAGCUCUCCUGUGCCCAGGGAGGCUGUCUGGCCAGUCGAGUGGCCUCCUGCAGCUGUGAGCUCCUGACGGAUGGGGACCAGCCCCGGCCCCCAGAGACCAUGGCAGCCGUGGUGACAGCUCCACACAGCCGAGCUCGAGAUGGCAUUGGGGAGUCCCUGGUCCACGUCCCGCUGGAGACCUUCCUGGAGACCCUGGAAUCCCCAGGUGGCAGCGGCAGAGACAGCAGUAACACAGGGGAAGAGGGAGCAGAGCCGGAACCCGAGGCCGAGCCUGAGCUGGAGCUCUCCGACUACCCCUGGUUCCACGGGACCUUGUCACGGGUCAGGGCAGCUCAGCUGGUGCUAGCAGGCGGGCCCCGGAGCCACGGCCUCUUCGUGAUCCGUCAGAGUGAGACUCGGCCUGGGGAGUACGUGCUGACCUUCAACUUCCAGGGCAAGGCCAAGCACCUGCGCCUGUCCUUGAACGGCCACGGGCAGUGCCACGUCCAGCACCUGUGGUUCCAGUCUGUGCUGGACAUGCUGCGCCACUUCCACACCCACCCGAUCCCCCUGGAGUCCGGGGGCUCUGCAGAUAUCACCCUGCGCAGCUAUGUGCGUGCCCAGGGCCCCCCACCCGCCCCGGGGCCCUCGGCCGCGCCCGCGCCCCCCGCCUGCUGGAGCGAGCCGGCCGGCCAGCACUACUUCUCCAGCCUGGCCGCCGCCGCCUGCCCGCCCGCCUCGCCGUCGGAAGCGGCGGGCGCGUCGUCCUCGUCCGCCUCGUCGUCCUCGGCCGCGUCCGCGCCCGCAGCCCCGCGCCCCGCCGACGGCGCCCUGAGCGCGCGCAGCCGCAGCAACAGCGCCGAGCGCCUCCUGGAGGCGGGGCCCGGCGGCGCCGAGGAGCCCCCCGAGGCGGCGGCGGGGGACGGGGCGCGGGGCCGCGCGCGCGCCGUGGAGAACCAGUACUCGUUCUACUAG